AUGGACGAUGACUCACGCUCCUCAACGCCCGAGGCACCCCCACAGGAUCUCUGGUCCUCCAUCCUCGACUCUGUGUCCUCAACACGUUCGAUCCCUUCGAAACAGAUUCUGCUCCUCGGCCAACCGUCUUCGGGCAAGUCGACGCUAGCAAACGCGCUCCUACAGAAACCGCCCGCGGACGGGGGCAAGGACGACGCGGCGACCGAUUUCGCGCUUGGAUAUGACUGGGCGGAUGUGCGGGACGACGCUGACGAAGAUACGAUCGCCCGCCUCUCUGUCUACACCGUCCCAUCCUCUGCGCCGGCAUACACCUCCCUAAUACCCCACUUCUUGCCCCCGCGCGUGUCACUACCUCAUACCAUCAUCAUGAUCGUCCUCGAUUGGACGCGUCCUUGGACAUUUAUCGAUGAGUUGCAUACUUGGCUCAGCUGGAUCGAGCAGUGGGCCCAAGGCGACGGCGCGCGAGAGCUCGAGAUCGCUCGCGAGGAGAACCGGGAACGCUUGCAAACGCAUCUCCAGCACUACACAGAGCCAAGCUCCGACCCCAUCCCAGCAACAUCUACAAUACAAACGAUGCUACCUCUUGGACCCGGCACAUUUACCCAUAACUCGGCCGGCAUACCAAUCAUCGUGACAUGUGCGAAGGCCGACCUAAUAGACGACAAUAAUGAUCUCGUAGCAGGGGCCUCUGGCAUGGGCGGUAUGGUCAAGGGGAAGGGCGGAGAGUGGGAAGAGAGGACAGACGGCGUGAUGCAGAUCCUACGAACAAUAUGUCUAAAAUACGGAGCCUCACUCUUUUACUCGACACAGCAACCGACGACCCUGCAGGUCCUCCGCCAAUAUGCCCUCCACCUUCUCUUUAUACCCCCAGCACCCUCACCAGGCAUACCAUCACCGACAGAACCCGCUGCCCCCGCCCGCAACCCUUUCCCCUUCCAACACAAGCCGAACACAUUGGACCGUGACCGCAUUGUCGUACCCGCAGGUUGGGACAGCUGGGGAAAGAUUGGCGUCCUACGAGAUGGAUUUGACGCCAAAGGCUGGGGCGAAGCUUGGGAGCGCGACCUGGACGCCACGAACGACGAAUCUUACGAUGAGCCAGGCGUGCGGAAGAUGUACGCGAUCCUCGUCCCUGAUCAAGGCAUCAAGCCUCCCCCGCUCCCUCCAUUCAACAACCCGAUCCCCGAACAAGCCUUCCUCGCCAAGAACUACGACGAGAACUCCAAGAAGCCCGACCGCGACCCACGCGGGAUGUUCCGCAACCCGACCGAGUCCUCCGGUGCAGGCAUCGUCGGCCCACUCGGCAGCAGCUCGUUCAGCAUGCCCAACGUCGAGCGUGCGCUCAGCGAGAUGGAGGGCGGCGCCGGCGCGCAAGCGUCCGAGCCCGCACGCAAGGUGUCCGGCCGGCCGGCGCCGCGUGCCGAGCGCGGUGCUGGAUCGCUCACGGCGUCCGUAGGGCCGGGGCGAUCGCCUACGUCUCCGAACCUGCCUGGCAGCCCGAGCCCGACAGGUGGGCAGACGCAGCAUGAGGUGCUGCAGAACUUCUUCCAGAGCUUGUUGAGCUCGAAGGACCGCCCUGGCGCGAGCGCCGCCGCUGCGAGAGCGACUGUAGGGAAGACGAACGGCGCCGGGAACGGCGGGAACGGGACUAGCAAUGGUAGUGGGAGCGGUGCUGAGGAUGGCUGAGCGCCGUGUCGCAAGUGCUGGAUAUUUACUCUACUGGGUUGGCGCCUUUGAUGAUAAUUGAAUUGAUACGUGCAUCC